AUGAGCAUCCAAGAUAGAUCCUGCCCUGCUUCAGCGGACGUAUUGAAAAGUUUCAUCUGUAAUUUAUCAUCUAUUGUUGGUCACACAAUGGCUGUAACCGGCAAGGCGGUUGUCUCGAAUCUCGAUCACCAUACGAUAGAUCUUGAACUCCUCAAGUAUUGUGCGGGCAGAUUAAUAGAGAUGUUUUGGUACCUUGUCUUAGUUGUGUGCAAACAAAAGGGUCUGUUCGGCUUGUAA